GGGCGGGUCAAAUUCAUAUAAGUAAGGGUGUUCCGCCAUUGUGCGCGCACUUUCAGCAAGCCAAAGACUGUGAGCCUAAUCUUUAACGGCAUCUAACAAAAUGAGGGAAAUCGUGCAUCUUCAGGCUGGCCAGUGUGGAAACCAGAUUGGCGCUAAGUUCUGGGAGGUUAUCAGUGAUGAGCAUGGCAUCGACCCAACUGGCACAUACCAUGGUGACAGUGACCUGCAGCUGGACAGGAUCAAUGUCUAUUAUAAUGAAGCAUCAGGUGGAAAAUAUGUUCCCCGGGCUGUACUUGUUGACCUGGAGCCAGGCACAAUGGACUCUGUGAGGUCUGGACCUUUUGGUCAGGUCUUUAGACCAGACAACUUUGUCUUUGGCCAGAGUGGUGCUGGUAACAACUGGGCUAAGGGUCAUUACACAGAAGGUGCAGAACUGGUGGACUCUGUCUUAGAUGUGGUGAGAAAGGAGGCAGAGAGCUGCGACUGCCUCCAGGGUUUCCAGCUCACACACUCUCUGGGUGGUGGUACUGGCUCCGGAAUGGGCACUCUCCUCAUCAGCAAAAUCCGUGAAGAGUACCCAGACCGCAUCAUGAACACCUUCAGCGUGGUCCCCUCUCCAAAAGUAUCUGACACAGUGGUUGAGCCCUACAAUGCUACACUGUCUGUCCACCAGCUGGUAGAGAACACUGAUGAGACCUAUUGCAUUGACAACGAGGCGCUGUAUGAUAUCUGCUUCCGCACACUUAAGCUCACCACUCCCUCCUACGGUGACCUCAACCACCUGGUUUCUGCCACUAUGAGCGGUGUCACCACAUGCCUCAGGUUCCCCGGGCAGCUUAACGCUGACCUGCGGAAACUGGCUGUCAACAUGGUGCCCUUCCCCCGUCUGCACUUCUUCAUGCCGGGCUUCGCUCCCCUCACAAGCAGAGGCAGCCAGCAGUACAGGUCGCUUACAGUACCUGAGCUCACUCAGCAGAUGUUUGAUGCCAAAAACAUGAUGGCUGCCUGCGAUCCACGCCACGGGCGCUACUUGACCGUGGCCGCCAUCUUCCGUGGCCGCAUGUCCAUGAAGGAGGUUGAUGAACAGAUGCUCAACGUGCAGAACAAGAACAGCAGCUACUUUGUCGAAUGGAUCCCCAACAAUGUCAAGACCGCAGUGUGUGACAUUCCCCCUCGUGGCCUCAAGAUGGCUGCUACCUUCAUUGGCAACAGCACAGCCAUCCAAGAGCUAUUCAAGCGCAUCUCAGAGCAGUUUACAGCCAUGUUCAGGCGCAAAGCUUUCCUCCACUGGUACACAGGUGAGGGUAUGGAUGAGAUGGAGUUCACUGAGGCAGAGAGCAACAUGAAUGACCUGGUAUCAGAGUACCAGCAGUACCAGGAUGCUACUGCUGAGGAGGAGGGAGAAUUUGGUGAAGAGGAGGAGGAGGAAAUGGCCUAAUUUUCCUUUCUCUUCAAAGCUGAUUUCCAAUUCCUACUGUUAGUCUCCAAUUUUUUGUGUUCUGUCUGCUGUUGUCAAUAAAAUAAAGGUUCCUGUGCGUACUCAAA